AUGACGACCACUGCCGGCGCUAGAAAGAAGGGCAAGAAGGGUCUCUCCAUAGACGAAAAGGCCAUCCUCGUUGAGAGAUGGAUCGCGGCCCACCCGAAGCCCUACACUCUGAAAGAGCUGCAGCAACUGAUCCCGAAGCACACACCCGUCAUCUACCAAAGCGUUGAGGAGUGUGUGCAGCUGUUGGUCGCUGAGGGGCGCAUUGAGGAGGAUCGCGUCGGCGUGAGUACGCUGCUCUGGAAGUUCCCACCAACAGCAACACAGCUGAAAAACAAAUCAAGUCAGCAACCUGGAAGAAACCGCGGACUGGGUAGCAGCUCUGCAAGCAGCGCAGCAGCAUCUGGGUGUCCUACGUCGUGCACGGAAUUGUUGCGGCGCUUGACCGCCAGAGGCGCGGCGGCGCAGCUACAGAAGGUAUCCGCAGAGACGAUAGAGCGUUGGUGUAUGUUGACACCUGAUGCACAGCUGCGCGAAUGGCGUGACGUGCUCCGCGCAGAAAAUGAUCGUACAAUGGCAUCUCUUGCUGAAGAACAAGAGCGGCUGGGCUUUCUUGAUAGCAGUGGCAACGUCAAUCAAGACAGCGAAGACGCGCCAGCCGGCGAGGCAGCCGUGCUUUCGGAGCUUGCACACCUUCAGCAACUUGCACAGCAGAAAGCUCAGCUGCUUGCGGCGCACAAGAACAUCUCCUCUCGACAAGUGCCGCCUGAGCUGCUGGAUCAGCUGGACCGUGCUUCCUCAAUUGCGCUUGAAGCCGCCAACAGGUGGACGGACAACUACUACCUUGCCGAAGAAGAGGUAGUGGCGAAGGCGAGCUUUGGUGGCAGCCGCCGCGACAUUCGGGCGGCGCUGCAGCUUCCGCUGGAGCUGAGCUACCUUUCCGACGAGAGUGACGCAGAGUCAAACGUCAUAGACGGCCAUGAGCGUCCAGGGGUCGACAGCCACAGCAGGUCUCAUCUGCAAUGUACCCCAGCGCAUAGCGCGCCUCCGCAGCCAUCCCUACCUCCGCAGCACGGAAGUAAUCGGUGCGGCACUGGCAGACCACCUUCAACGCAGGAGAAACAGACACUCAUAACGGCGUCUUCUGGUGACACCGCCUUUCCGGCAGCGCACGCCAACGUCAGAGGCGACGACCUUGCGCCGGCAGCAGGUGCACCACCGUCGGCUCCAGACACAGAGACCACUGCGCCAUUGUCCAGAUCUGCGAAGGUGAAGACGACGCAAGCUGCCAAGCCACUGUCGGCGAAACGCAGUACAGGCAAGCGUGCUCGCUCACGGCGUGUGACAUUGUAG